GCAAUCCUGUGAUGUUAACAGCAGGAGGUAUUGCAGUGGUUUAUAAAAUACCCCAUCUGCAUACCCACGAUAAUUAUUUCUCAAACCCCCCAAAUCUGAAAAAAACGGUUCGAAAUUCGCCGUUUGAAAAGCUUUUCGAACACGCUCACUGUCUGAACUUUGACGUUUGGCGUAAAUAAAGCAACACAAUGACGUCACAAACGUAACCAAAACAAACCCCAAUCUUUACCAUCGUUUUCCUGCGCUUCGCUUCGAUCCACGGUGUGUAAAUCGGAUUAACGAUAAUAAAUGCGUUUCUCGUCGUAGGCCGUACUGGUUAAUCGGUGCUGGAUCGUUGGCACGCCCCAGGAUAGCAACAUUCGGAACAAUGCGUAAGCGGCAAAUCGAUACGCUGAAGAUAUUCAAUCACAACGUACAGGAAGUGAAAGAAAAUGAAGAGUAUCUGGUCAACUUUGACUGCGGUGGACGUGAGAUCGCUAUCAACAUUCUACUCGGCGGUGGAUUCCCGAAUGAAAAGCCAAAGCUAAUCGUCAGUCCAAUUCUUCGCCAUCCGUGGGUUAAUGGAACGACCGGAGUGAUAGAAAAUGCGCCCGGAAUACUGAACUACACCAUUCAUUCCGAUCUAGGCCGGAUCGUGCAAGCGGUUGGUAGGGAGUUUGAAAAACACCCUCCCAAGUUUGUCAAUGAACCCGCCACCUCUACACCGCAGCACCACCCGCAACAUCAUGCCCCUGCACCAGCGCAUCAGGCAAGCCGAAACGGAAACGUUCAAGAGUUCGGUUCCGAAAAUCGUAACGCCCUCCUAUCGCCAUCACACCACGAAUCGGCGGAUCAGUUUGGACUGCGAAAUCUCACCACCGACGAACUGAACCGAUUAAACACGGACGACGAUUAUCUGGAAGAGUUCAUCACAAAGCUCCCAUUCGUGCAGCACCAGAACGACGAAAUGGAUCAACUGCUGGCCGGGAUAGAGUCGCUCGCCGUGGAAAAUCUUGCCCGCAAAGAAACGGUCGAGGAGCGCAAAGCGAAGGUGGAAUCCCUUGCGCUCGAGUUCAAGGAACUGGGUCAGCAGUGGGAAACCAUGAAUCAGCGCUACCAGCGAAAGGCGGAAGAUUUUUCGCCCCAGCACAUCAAGGAACUGUUGCAGAUUGCCGUCUCGACUGCGGACGGCAAAAGCGACGACGAGGCACAGCGCUUUCUUGCCGGCCACAGUGACGUUGGCACGUUUCUGCAAAACUUUAUCGAAUCCCGCAAACUGUACACGAUGCGUAAAGCCAAAGAGGACCGCUUGGUACAGCAGCUGACCGCGCUGGAGCGGGCCGCCUUCUAAUGUGCGGCAUGCUUGUGAUAAUUGCUACCUAAAGCUAAUAUAUUAUGAUUUGUGAAUAAUAAACAAUCCUGCCCGAAUGAUGAUGCGUUCGGUGGUAAUGUAA